GCGAAUAGAAACACCGCCGUAUUCCAAAAUGUCAAAAUCAUAAUCAUUCGGCUAAUUCCUCUGACGCUUUGAAUCAACCCAGAAACGAUGUCUUCGUCUGUUCUUUUGGAGGCCAGGCCUUUUCGGCCCUUCAAGUCUAGUGAAGAAUAUCUCUAUGCCAUGAAAGAAGAUUUGGCUGAGUGGUUGCAAACCAUGUACCCUCAUUUGAACAUUGCAGUCGAAAACUUCAUGGAGAAGUUGGAGACUGGGGUUGCAUUAUGUGAGCACGCAAACGCUGUGAAGGCCCAAGCUCAAGAAUACGCCGAAAAAAAACAAGCGAAAAAAAUUAUGACCAGAUCAGUAACUGGGUCACUGGCAGUAGCCCAAGCUCUCGUACGAAUAGCCGAAGUGAAGUACUUCAACACAGCCAAACCGGGAACUUUUUUCUCUAGGGACAAUGUUAGCAAUUUCAUCAAUUGGUGCAAAAAUUCCCUGAAAGUAAUUGAAUGUCUCCUCUUUGAAACCGACGACUUGAUUAUGCGGAAGAACGAGAAGCACGUCAUUCUCUGUUUAUUGGAGGUUGCUAGAAGAGGUGCUAAGUUCGGCAUGUUAGCACCUGUGUUGGUACAAAUGGAACGACAAAUUGACAGAGAAAUAGCGGCGGACCAGAAAAAAAUGGGUGUCACUUUCAACGAAAAUUCAAAUAAUCAAAACAACCUUGACGAUGAUAGCGAUAGCGACAGCGAUCUCGAAGACGAAGAGACUGUAUUGAUGUACGGACCGGCCCCUCAAAUCAUCACUAACGAUUUGAAGAGUUUAGAUGAAAUGGUCAGAGAUCUAGUUGAAAAAUGUACGUGUCCCACCCAAUUCCCAAUGAUAAGAGUUUCUGAAGGAAAAUAUAGGAUUGGAGAUACAAAAGUUUUAAUUUUUGUGAGGAUUCUACGAAAUCACGUUAUGGUGCGAGUAGGCGGAGGCUGGGAUACCCUAGCCCAUUACUUAGACAAACAUGAUCCUUGCAGAUGUCGAAGUCAGCAUAGGACGACCCAAAGCGCCAAACUCGUGAAUAAGCCUGGAGCAGCAGAUCUACAUGGAUCACAUGUAUACUAUGACAGAACACCGGCACAAUACCCAGAACAUACCCCCCAUGUCAACGGCGCCCUGAACGGCCCACAAUCUCUUAGUCCACCGAUGAAUGCCCUCAACCGUUCGAGGUCUCGUUCGCCAUCCAGGAGGCCUCUCAGUCCGAAUUUUUCCAGGAUGGCACUUGCUCCCCCCCAGAUCCGGUCCAGAAGUCCUACUCCUAAUUAUACUUCGAAUCUUAGCACGAAACUCUCUACCAGUCGGAGUCCCCAACACAAGAACUAUGGCCCGCAGUCGUUGCCGGUGAUGGCUGCAAAGCCUAAAAACGUUGUUAGUUCCAUACACAUUCCAGUGGAUUCGAAGGUGUUGAAAUCUGAAGUUAGUCUACAUGUAAACGAUACCGACCACAGCGAUACCACAUCAGAAGUUUCCGAUGAAGGAUAUCGAAGUUUGGGCAUAAUUCACGAUAAGAGUAAACAACGAUCAUCCCUUUACAGUCAGAACUCUGCUGAGGAUGCGGAAGAUACAGAGCAUCAAGUAUACACAGAGGAUGAUCUCAACGAAUUUGGAUUGAGAAAAACUCAGUUUUCACAAAGAAUUUAUGAGUGUGAUGGAAAACCAAAGCCAGAAAUGAACCACCAAUCUAUGGAAAAACUCUUCGAAUCUCCAACCUUAUCACCAGACUCUUCCAACAGGAUACAAAAAGAAAAGUCGUUCCUUAAAUCAAAAGAGGCACUCCACGCCCGAAAAAAGCCAUCUAGUCGUACCAACAGUGCAGAACGAAACAAAGAAGUCCAGAAUAUGGCUAAGAAAGCGAUGUCUCAGAUAAAGAAGCCUGAUUCGAAAAUCAGUACCUGGAGUGGUCGCCCCAGAAAUACGAGAGCCAGCCUCGCCCCAGAUACCUUUGUAUCGCCUUUUGCCAGAAACUCUACAGGCAGAAGAAGUGUUUCGGCAGUAGACAGACGUCCUUCGUCUGCAAACACUUCUCCCACCAAAGGUAAGCUGAAGCAAGACGUUCUGCAAGCUGUACAGAAAACUAACGACGAUGAAAUGAUAGCAAUAGAAUUACAAGCUCUACUGAAAAAAUAUGGUAGCUUAAACAUGCUAAAUGACGAGGAAGAUUAUAGAGGACCGCAAUUCGCUAGAACCACUCAAGACCGGAUGUCUUUCCGAAGUCCCAGAAAAGAUUCAAGACCUGAAAAUAAUUUGUCUAGAAUACCAGCACCGGUGAUUCAGACAAAAUCGUAAUUUUUACGUUUUUCUGCAGUGUUCAAACGAAAAAUUUGAAUGGAAAUGAUUCAAAAUAUCAACAUUCUUCAUUUCUCAAUAGGCAACGAAUAUCUCAAUACUGUUUGAGAUAUUUUUAUCACUUCUCAAGAAUAGGAGAAUUUAAAAUCAAAUAUUCAAAUCUUUCACACUGAAAAAACCUCAUAACGAUCAAUUACUACAUUCCGAUCUUUAAAUUUAUCGAACUAACAGCAAAUAUGUAAAAGACGUGGCAUUGAAUUUGAGCUUUCAAAUGGAUUUCAGGCAGAAAGUGUAUCGGCCGUAGACAGACGUAGAAAAAUGAACAAUUAAGUAUCCUAAGAAAAUUUAGGGGGCCAAUGGAGAGAAUUUUUUUUAAAUCGCAAAAUUUUUAAAAAUUGAUAUUGAAAACCGUUCACUUUAUAUGUAGGCAGUAUACAAAAAUGAAGAAUGUUGAUUUCAUAAACUUGAAUGCUUGUGAUUUAUAAAUAUAUAUUUAAUUCAUCAGUAAGUGGACAUAUCUAUUUAUAUGGAUGAAAAAGAUAUACAUGAUAUUUUUAAUCACCUAAUAUGUUUCUUUGUUAUCAUCAAUACACCACCCCGGAAUUAACUUUCUGAUUUUAAAUAUUAUUCUGAAUGAAUUUUGUAUAACUGGAACUGGAUUGGAAACUAAAAUAAUAUAACAUGUUGAAGUUAUAUUUUAAUUUCUAGUACUUCUUCACAUAUCAAUUAUUUUCUGACUACAAAUAUAAAUGAAUCCAUUAAUUGAUCUAUUUAAUAAUUCUUGCUGAUAAUGUAGGUAUAAUUUUGUACAAUAAUUGUCUUCAAUAUCAUUCAUUAUUGACUUCUUAUAAGAAUUUCAGAAAAACAAAUAUCAAUUUUAGGAAGUAUCUCAAAAACGUUAUUGGAAAAAACGUGAGUAGCUUCAAAUGAAUAUUUUUUUGUGUAAUACAGAAUUUGUAAAAUCAGAAAGAUGUGAUCAACUUCUAGAAAUUUCGGGGGAAUAAUUUCAGACAGAUUGAAUUGAUAUACCUAUUUGAUUGUUCAUCAUGUAUUACUGCGUUGAUAAUUUUACUCAUAUGAGUGUAUAACUAUGAAUGCAAUUAUUACAUAUAAUGCUACUUCUGAUUGACAUAACUAAUAAAUCAAAUCAGCAAUGUGCCGGUAAACUAUGUUAAACAUAUAUUUCAUAUUUAUGGUACUACUUAGUGUAAUUCAUGAAAUGAAUGCGAUGAUGGGCAAAAUCAAUCCAAAAUACUAAUCAGGGUAUUUUGUAUUUGAAAAAAAAAUUUGUAUUUGUAUGUAAAUAAAUGUAAACAUAAGUUUCUCAGUUUGAUAUUUUAUCUUAUCUUAGUAUAACUAGGCUAAUAGACACCGAGAAAUUAUUUUAAUUAAAAUUUAUUGUUCCAGUUUUGGAACUAAUAUUUUAUUAGAUUUUUGUAAAGUAGUAGUUUUCUGAAGAUUCAGUUAUGAUGCAUCAACUUAUCACAAAGAAGGUAUUUUUGUAAUCGAAGAAAACAACCUUAUUUCUUUCCACAGAGAAAUUAUCAUCAAACGAGACUACUUGAGAAGAGACACUUUGAUAUGACUGAAUUGAAACAGAGAACUCAUGCUAUGGUAUUAUAUAACUAACCAGUAGUUAUAUCAAAUAAUAAACAAAAUUUAUCAAGGA